AGAAGCUGCUGCUCAUGUCUCCACCCCCAUCUCCCAACUGCUCCUGUCAGUCAAAGGUUCGGGCCUCCACAGCAGCGGGGUCCACGGACAAACGGACGACGUGACCCACAGCGUUGCAGGAAGCGACCUCUCGACCAGCAGAAUGUCUUAUGAGGAGAUCUUCUCGCUGGAGGACCUGCGGGAGGUUCGGAACCCGUGGAAAGGCUUUACCAUGAACCGUUGCCUGCUUCUGACGAUGGCUGUGCUGCUGCUCAGCUCAGGGAUCAACACUCUGCACGAAGCCGUGGAUGCGUUCGUGGAGGACUCUGGGAUCCGGUCUCUCUGUGGAAGUCUGCAGUCCGGUUCAGUUGCUCAGAUCUCCAUGUGGGACAGUCUGAUGUGGUGGUGGAGAUCCGAGGACGUUGGAGCGAUACGAAGAAGAAAAAAACUUUUAGGCAACAAAGUGAUCCUGAAAUCGAAGAAUAAAGAAUGAUCCACCAGAGGAACGGAUGGAUGGUUCCUGAAUAAAAUAAACAUUCUGAACUUUGUUUCACAGUCA